AUGUCUGAAGACCAUGAGGUCUCCUUCAGAGGUGUCAAAUGUGGGGGAGUUCUCUCAGCCCCGCACGGGAAUUUCUCCAGCCCUAAUUUCCCCGGCCUCUACCCCUAUGACACUGAAUGUACGUGGCUCAUCGUGGUCACAGAAGGCUCCUCGGUCUUGCUAACCUUCAGUCACUUUGACCUGGAGUAUCACGACAGUUGUGACUAUGACUACAUCAAAAUCUACAACGGGGCCAGCGAGGACCAAGGGAAUCUCCUGGGAAAGUUCUGCGGCAAGAGUUCCCCUCCGCGGUUCACGUCUUCCUGGCACGUCAUGUCCAUCAUCUUCCACUCGGACAAGCACGUGGCCAGUCACGGCUUCUCUGCAGUUUACCAGAAAGAUGUUUGCGGAGGGGUGCUUACAGGCCUUUCCGGAGUGAUCACAAGCCCCGAUUACCCAGAGAAUUACCCCAACAAUGCCGAGUGCCACUGGAUCAUCCAGGCAGCUCCAAACUCUGUUGUCAAGCUGGUCUUCAUUGACUUGCAGAUGGAAAACAAUGUGGAAUGCAACUUUGAUUACGUGGCCAUCUUCGAUGGGCCCACGCUGGGGGCCACGCACCUCAGCCGCUACUGUGGGAGCAUGAAGCCUCCUGAUAUCAUCUCUUCCACCCACGAGCUCCUGGUGGUCUUCAAGUCAGACUUCAAUAUAGGAGGCCGAGGCUUCAAGGCUUACUUUUACUCAGCCGAAUGCCAAGAAGUCUACACAGUCGUCAAAGGGAAUUUCUCCAGCCCGCAGUAUCCCAGCUUUUACCCCAACAAUAUCAAAUGUCAGUGGACCAUCCAGCUGCCCCCAGGAUACCGAAUCAAAGUCUUCUUCCUGGACUUGGAUCUGGAGGGACGGAACAGCCUGACAGAUGGCUGUGAUUACGACCAUCUGGCAGUGUUUGAUGGAGGCAAUGAGAAGGCUUCCCUGCUGGGGAAGUGGUGUGGGAGAGAGAUGCCAUCUCCCAUAAUCUCCAGUGGAAACAAACUGCUGUUGGUCCUCCACACAGACAGGAACACAGCCAACCGGGGGUUCUCGGUAGUGUAUAUUGGAGUUGUGCCCAUGAACGUCAGCUGCACACGCACGGACUUUCAGAUCCAGAUCCCCAUGAGGUCUCUGGCUCAGCUGGAGAGAAAUAAGAUCUACUUAGGGACUCCCUCCUGUCCUGCCCAGGUGGUCGGCCUGAACUUCAGGAUCCACACGAGGUUCGACACCUGUGGUACCGAGUCCCAGAAAAGAAACAACACAUCCAUGAUCGUUAGCAUCCUGUACAUCAACUUUUCAUCAGGGGACCAGGAGGACAUUCACAAGUACGAAGUGCAGUGCGAGCCCAGAAGGAAGGAAGCCUCCGUAAACCUCCUGUCAGGCUCCGAUCCCUACCGGCUGAGCCAGUACGCCAAGAACCUGGUGGAGUCGCAGCAACAGGACGCCGAAGCCAUAGACACCUAUGAGAUCAAGAGCCAAGACACCAGCGACAUCGUCUUCAUUAGCAUCUGUAUCCUUGCCGGCAUCCUCAUGGUGAUUGCUGUGGUUGGACUAGUGUUGCUAUAGGAGCCUGCCUUUAGGACUUGAGUCACUGAGACCAGUGCUCCCUUCUCUAUUGCUCCCCACCUCCCUUAUCACGAACUGACCUUCAUACCCAGCAUCCUGAAGACACUGGGCCACAGCCUGUUCCACCUAAUAGGUGUCUUUGGGCAUCUAGGCAACUAAGGGCAUGUCUGUACUGCUUUUGCAGAGCUCCUGCGAGUGCUACCAGGAAACACAUCCCUGCACACAUCUCCUCUGUGUGCGCACAAACCCCAGGAGAAAACCAUGAAGCUGCCCUGAGGACACUUGUCCAGAGGAAGCCUGGAUUCUAGGUCCUCAGUCAGACUAUGUCCCAUUUCCAAGUUCCCUACCUAGCAGGCCACGAGCUAGCUAGGGCCUAAGCAUCCCCCAGCCCUACUGCUGAAGCUGGCUCACUAGCCACUUCCAAGAGAAAGAGUCCUGGAGCAAGAAGACGAUGCUGCUCUGUGGCCCAGUGAGGAAGCAUUGCCCUGGGGGGGAGACCUGGGUCCCGGCCCCAGCACAUUUUCUGCAAUGACUGAUACAUAAACAGCAUUGGGAGAACAAGCUGGGAGCAGGGGCCAGAGCCCAGGUUUCCCUCCAUCCCAGCCCAGUGCCAUCUCACUGAGCCAGCUCCUUGCAUGCUGGCUUCAUAAUACCUUCCGUCUUGCCUUACCCAUGACUUGUCUUCAACAGGGGGGUUGAGGUGCCUUCGCCUCCUUCCCUCUACCCAGCUCACAUGCUGGUAGAUGAGACAGUUUGCUGGGAAGUGGGAGCUGCAGGUUCAAGCCCCUUCUGGCUAAGGAGAGCCUCAAACCUGAGGCUCUUCCUCCCUGGGUAAGUGCUCUCACCACAAGUCUGUUGGGUUAAGUGGUGGGUCAGCUGCCCUCCUCCACUGUUAUUUGGACGUUGCCCUCUAAUGAUGGGCAAAAUGAUGGAUUCAGCCUGUGGCCAGACUCCAUUUCCCAGUAACACAGCCCCAUUACCCCAGCCUGUCCACCCCUCACCCACUGCCGAGGGCAGGACCCAUACGGGCAGGGUGCACAGCUGGGUGGCUGGGAUGGGGCAGUGGCUGGGAGUGAGACAGGUGGGCAGGGCCAGAGAGACCCCAGGAUUUGGGGGCAGUGACAGUGCGCGGCAGAGCCGUGAUCUGCUGCCCACCCGCCCUUGAAAGGGUGUGUGGGCAGCGCAUCGCAUCCCUGCCCUGGCUCUAGCCCCACACUGUCACUGACCCAAGAUCCUGGGGUCUCCCCAGCCAUGCCAGCCUGUCUUGUUCCCAGCCACAGCCCCAACCCAGCCACCCGGCCACUCACCCUGCCUGUGCGGGUCCCACCCCCGGCCGUGGGUGCAGCGCUGGGUGCCUGGGCAGCAGGUCUGGGUCCGGUAGCAGCAUCCAAAGGAGCCACCGCCACAGGGGCAGCCAGAAAACGGAGUCCACCACAGGCUGGAUCUGGCCCAUGGGCCGUAUUUUGCCCACCCCUGCUAAGUGGUCUGUAUGGGACACAACAGAGGGAGCUCUGUUCUUUCCCAAGUGGAUUAAGCUCUCAAAGGCGACCCAUUGUGAGAAUAAGGGGAGUCAUAUACUGUCACAGGCAGGUUAGGGAGCACAAAGCUGCUUAUUGAGAGAACAGGAGAGCUAGGGGACUCCCCAAGUGCCUUUGGUCUGUACUCUGGGCUGGGAUGAGUCACUUCUACCCUAGCUGCAGGAAAGGUUUGGACCCAAGCAUUUCAGUAUGGUCUUGUUCCACCCUGCUCGAGUCCCCGAAAUCCGUAACAUGUCUGUGCAUCGCAGGCCUUCAUCCUAGCCAUAACACUCGGGCACACAAAGCAGCAAGGGGGAGAAGGAGCCAUCUCUCUUGUGUGAAUGACUGUUCAGGGACUUGAUCAGGGUGGAAUUGGAUUGCUUAGAACAGGGGUGGACAUCCUGUGACCCCGGAGCCCCAGGUUGGCCACCCAUGGCUUAGAAACUAAGGUAGCACUUAGGUUGCUAAUAGGUGGAAUAGGAUUUGGCUAAUUGCCCUGGUCUUAGACUUUUAGGGCAGCUGCUAAAAUGGAGGACUAUAGUGGAGGUGGAGUCCAUCCUCCAUCUCCUUUCAGGACUCUAAAGUAAUUUUUGCAAUAGGUAAACGCUUCCUGUUUUGAUAUUUUCCCCUCCUGUCUGUCCAUACGGCUUACGAAUAUGACUCUUGUGCUUCAUGACUAUUCUUACAAUGGCUUGGAUGUGCUCUCCCUACAAUGUUGCUACUCUAAAAGGAGCAAUGUUGUUUGCCUAUAGCUAGAAAGAACCAGUAGAAAUUAAUUCUGACUUUAAUGUUCAAAUCCACCAAUCUAAUAUAACAAAGUGUAUCGAUAUUUUCAAUACAUGAUUCUUUAUGCUUGCGUGGGUAACAUAUAUACUUUUGCGCACCUGUUAUAUAAGUACGUAUACAGCACAGAGGCAGAUAUGUUGGAGUGAUGUUGUAGCCAUGACAGAUCAGGAAGUAUGUGAGAGGCAUGAAUUUUUGUGGGUGAUAUUUUUUAUUGAACCAGCUGCAUAGUUGGGAGAGGGGGGAGAGGAGUGUACGUAGAGUAUCCCUAGCAAUUGGUAUACAUGCUCUGUUGUAACAUCCUUAUAAUAAAUUGUGU